GUUACACCCGAGAGGCCGCGGAAUUCACGAAGGCAAUGUCAAAGAUGGCCGAAUCUAGUGAUUUUUACUUCAUCGAUACACACUUAUACUUCAAGGCUCGAAAUGAGAAUCUAUCAGUACCUAAAAUAGGAGAACAUAUUUCACCGGGUGAGACAUCUCUGCUACGAUCGCUUGAGGUACCUCCACGCACAUUCUACCUCGAGAAAAUUUGUGCCAGAGAAUACACUCUCAACCCAAACUACGUAGCAAAGCUGAAAUGUCGUUAUUCUACUCGUGGGUCACCUCUCUUUGUUUUGAAUCCUUUGAAGGAGGAGGAACUGUUUUUAGAGCCAAAAGUGUCCAUUUACCGCCAGUUUCUCACCGACUCGGAAGUGAAUCUGAUUAUAGAUAAAGCACAUGGACGGAUGCAUUAUUCGGGCGUCCGUGUAAAUCCAUCAGAAACCGGUCAUCAGACCGUCUACAGAACCAGCAAAACAUUUUUCAUUAUGGAAAAUAAGACUGGUCUGGAUUAUCUGCUGCACCGGACGGACCAACUGGCCGGGCUCAGUGGCGAAACGGCUGAAGACCUGCAAGUGACGUACUACGAUGCCGGUGGUUUCUACACCUCCCAUUAUGAUGCGUUUCCGUUUGAUUUUGAGCUUCCAAACGGUAACCGAAUUGCAACAGUCUUGUUUUACCUAAAUAGCAAUCCAGUUGGUGGAGAAACGGCAUUUUACGUGCUCAAUGUACUUGUUGAACCGGAGAAAGGCAGCGCCUUAGUUUGGGAUAAUCUGUGGAGGAACGGAAGGAUACAUAUGUGGUCGGGACACGGUGCUUGCCCUGUGCUUCAUGGCCACAAAUGGAUUGCUACUCGAUGGUACCAUUUAAGAGGACAGAUGCUCAAACGGCCAUGCACAUUGAACGAAGAAGAGUGACAUCUCCGAUGUGCGUUAUUCAAUAAGACAACAGCACAAUCUUGAGGCUUGAAACAGCACGCAGAAUAUAGAUUCAGAAUCAACUCACGUUUAUGCAUGAGGUCGAUCGAUCCGCUAAAAUCAUUGAUUACUCGUACAUUGAUAGUCGAUGAAAAUGUAUCAGAAUGAAGAACGAAUAUCAUAAAAUUCGAUUGAAAAGAAGCUAUGAAGUCUGGAAGAAUGAUUUCAGACAUUAGCAUGAGAUAUAUUUCUACACAUGGUGAAUUUUGUUUUGUCAUAACUGGCAACGCAUGAACAGCGUUUACAGCACGCCCUCCCCUUUGAGUAUAUAUGAAUUUAUAAAAACCUUGACCAGCCAUAAACCAAUUCCUUCUUCAAAAAGUUUGUCAUGAUCGAAAAUGAUUUCAGCGUUUCUACAUUAAUUUUUAAACAGCUUGUUUUUAAGUACAAAAAUUAAGUUUAUUAACCCAUGUGAUUCUAUUUGUUAAUUUUUCGCGGGAAAAAUGGAUCUGAUAGAAAGACGAUUUUGUGCUUAGAAUAUAUCCAGUUCGACGAUUUUUUUUUCAGAUUUAUUCUGACUUGAGACACACUUUAAAGCGUAAAGAGGGAACCAAGGUAACCAAGAAACAUGCAGUUCUUUUUUGAUUUUCUGAAGACAUGGAAAAAGUGGAUUGGUCUCAUAUAGAAUUCCGCCAAUAUACCUACAACUCCCACAAGUAGCCCUUCACUCCCCGAAGAGCUCAGUUCGAUUUCUUUAGCCGUAUGUCUCGAAAGAGCUUGUUCAAUUGGAUCGCAUUUCGCAAAAAGGAACCAGCGCGAUCACAGUACUGAUAAAAUGUUGCUUUUUCAUAAGUUUCAAAAGAAAUCUCCCAGAAUAGCAAGUAGUUUUUUCUUCUCACCAAAGACCUGUUAAUUUUAAAUGAGGACAACUGUAUAAGUAUUAAAAGUCUACAUACAUUAGGUAUUUUUAUAGGCAUAGAAGAAGUUGCAUGAUUUUAAAAACACUGUAAUCCCACUGGUUCCUUUUUGCUGAAUGCGAUCCAAUUCAGAGUUGUCAUUUUAAAAUCUCAGCAAGACAAACAUCUUGACAUCUUGUACAUAAUUUCAAUAUUGUAAUUUAUACGUGGUGAAGUAUUUUUUUGGUUUCUUUAGUUCACAAAACCUGAUUAUGGUAAAAUAAACAAGUUUUUAACUUUUG